CAAGUGAUGAUAGAACUCCGUGAUGAAAAUACCAUUGCUCUUAUUUUUAUGUAUCUGGGAGUUGGAGCUGACUGAAGUUGCUGGCUGUUCCAGUCUUUUCAACUAGUAAUAUUGCUUAGAAGCACAACAAACGCACUUUGCUUUGGUUUGGUGUCCACAAGAUAGAUCGUCAAGGUUAAGUGGUUGCAUGGGGCGGCGCCGAUGGACCCCAGUCUGAUACGGAGGUUGCAGCGGCUGCACGUGCUGCGGGCCGGCGGUCCGGAGCGGCGCCAGCGCGGACGCCGCAGCAUGGAGGCGCUCGUGCGAGACCUCAGCCACGCGCUCGAGGAGAGCUCCUCGUCGUCCCAUCGGCGGCGGCGCGGCUGGCGGCGCCGCUCACGCUCGGCCGGCACUCUGUCCGGCGCCCCGCCGCGCGCCUACAGCGAGGACUCUGGCAGCUCGGUGGGCGAGGCCCACCUGUCCACCGAGCGGCAGAUCUCCAGCGUCCAGGUGAGCGACUCGGAUGAGAUGGUGAGCACGGCGGGGAUCCUGUCUCACAGCCGGCGCACCCAGCGCCACCGGCUGUCGGCCACCGCCUGCCUGGCCGGCCCGCUCGGCGAGUCCGACUCGGUCAACGAGAACUUCUCGCCGGCACGGCUGCAGCGCAGGAAGCGGAAGCUGAAGCGUAUGGCGCUGGACAGCGAGAUGUCGCAGCCGUCGACGUCCUCGGUGGGCCUGCCGCCGGGCGCCGGCGCCGGCUCUGUCUCCGAGCUCAGCCGGAAGCGCUCCAAGAUGCAAGACGGCUACAGCGACCCCAGACACGGGUCGCUGCGUCGGAUGUGGAAGCGCAAGUGUGACCGUAAGGAGGGCGGCAUGUUCCCGCCGCGCCGGCCACUGCAGGACCAGGAGGAGAUGGAGUGCAGCGACCUCGACCGGCUGCACGGGGACAUGCUGAGCAGCAGCAGCCUGAGCUCUGCCGGCGAGUCGGACGGCCUGGACGACCCGGGCGUCUACACCAACGACGAGGGACGGGAGGGCGACGACGAACAGUCGGACUGGUACCACGAGCCGGCCGACGAGCCGCCCGAGCGGACCGCCCGGCCCGCCCGGCCCGCAGCCGCCGCCGCCGCCGCCGCCGCCUCCGGCCGCUCCGGGCCCAUCAAGCCGAGCCGGGAGAUCCGCGCCGGCCGACGCCGUCUGCGGGACCGGCGGCCAGCCUUCUCCAUCGUCUCGUCACUCAACGACCGGGUGGCCGCCUUCCUGCAGGACCCGCAGCAGACGGAGGUGCACCUGCAGACGGGCGGCGCCAAGGCCGAGGAGGACCAGCUCGGCCACCUGGCCAACCUGUACUCGCUCAGAGUGCGCCGGGACGCGCCCGGCUCCUUCAGCGCCUUCAAGACCGGGAUGACCACGCGCGGCGUGCUCGUGUCGCCCGAGUACCAGGGCCGCGGCGGCUCUGGCGACUCGAAGCGGCGCCGGCGCACCACGCCGUCCGUGUCUGUGGACCAGUUCUGCGUGCCGGCCGAGCCGCGCGGCGCGCCGUCCGUGCCGUGGCUGCAGCCGCUGCAGCCGCUGCCGCUGGCCGCCGGAGAGGCCGGCUGCAGCCGACCGACCAGCGGCGACGGCCACACGCCCGUGCCGCCCGAGUCGUCCAGUCCACAGACCACCGAGGAGCCGCACUCGCCAGCCAAUGACGCCGAGUAGCCGCCGGCGCGGAGGGUGAGGGACUGCCAGCCGGACUGGGGAUGGACGGGGGCACGGGGGGAGAGACGGAGGGACACGUAGAGGGACGCGUAGAGAGACGGCGUCAGGUAGACACAGUGAUAGAGACUGUGUACGGAUAGAUGGAUGACGGGGAGAGACUGAGGACGGGUAGAAGUAGGCAGACUGGUGAUAGACGGCGAACGGUGGAAGGUGGGCACAGAGACGGCGGACGGGGAGGGACGGACGCAGGAGCUGACAGAGGAUGGAUAUAGACGGACGGAGAGGCUGGGAUAGACACUGGUGGACGCCGGGGACUCUGAGGAAGACAGACGGGUGGACAUUGGACAAACAGAGGGUAAGACGGUGGACGGAGGGAGGGACCUCGAGAUGGCCGACACUGGGGGUGAGACGACGGUUCGCCUGCUUUACCGCCACUUUAAAAAAAGUCCAGAAUGCUGGCGCAGUCAGUGUUUGGUUGCUGGAAGGUGGUCCACAGUUAUGCCGAAACCUGAGUGAAACCCGUGAUUAGUAUUUAUGGCUUAACGUAUGAAUUUUUAUGAUUGAAGUCUGGUGACGCGACUAGGCAGUGUGAAGUUGUGAAUGGCGUGCGCGAGUGAAGCAUCUACCUCUGGCUAUGUAGAGCGGCGGCUGGAGGCUGGUCCCGGCCGCCACCACCUGACUGGCGCUGCCGCCAGCCCCGGGCACCCUGGUGUGGUCUCCCGUCAGCGGGUACCCGGGCGUCGUGUACCGGUGUAGUGGAGGACCGCCUGGUGUGGUCUCCCGUCAGCGGGUACCCGGGCGUCGUGUACCGGUGUAGUGGAGGGAAGGACAGCGGUACACCUCUUCUGGUCUAACGGGUACAGACGUACCGGUCCGCAGCGGUCUGAGUAUUGAACCAGUCCUGUCCAACCCGUGUUCAACACGAACCAGUCCGGUCCAACCUGUAAGACAAACAUGGUCCAAGACCAUUAGCCAGCCCAGUCCAAUAUAUUUAUCGGCGCCGCCCUGCCAUUCUACAGGUCAUCGCAUGCGUGACAUUCCUGAACAAUGUAUAUGGCCGUACCAGUCUAGAUGUUCUGCUCUUAGUGUACAGCGCGUCUGUAGAUGUUGUGUUUUACGCCACGUCCGGACGGCGGUGGUGGUGUGGCGGUCAUUUAGAUACUACUGGUCUGAAAACCUCGUCGUCCGCCACUGGUGAGCUAGUCACUGCGGCGGGCCACUCACCUCUGGACAGGGCCACGUCAGUCGGAUCCCCAGGCCGUGCCCGUACAGUGACCCGGGCCGCUGUCAGGUCCCACCAAUACCGCACAGAGUGACCCGGGCCGCUGUAAGGCCCACCAGUACCGCACAGUGACCCGGGCCGCUGUAAGGCCCCACCAGUAAAUCGAUCGGCAGGUGCGGGCGGCGCUUCUGUGGGGAGUGUGAGAAAUAAUCGAUACACUACCGUGUCCGCUAACAAUCCGUUCAGGGGCUGCGCUCCUGAUUAUUGCUUGCCAUUGAUCUCUAUACAAUUUGACAGUUCGGUCGGCUAUCAAAAUGUUGUCCAUAUGUACAGAAGAAGGCCGUAUUGUAACUACGUAUAUGACAAUACACAUCUGCGAACGAA